GCCGUAUAUAAAUUAAACUCGAAUAACAAGAUGAUCAAAAUGUUAGAAAUAUGCUGCUAUUUUAAAACUUUUUAGAAAAUUAAGGUUUAACAAACCCGUUUAAAUGGAAGCAUUUUGGAAAGUAGAACUUUUAACUGAAUUUCCUGAAAGUUUCACAAUAAAAAGAACAAUUUUUUCUAAGUUUACACCAAGCACCGAGCAGGCCCAACUACCACCAAAACUGCACUUGAGCUCUUGUUUCUCAUGCCCAGAAAGUCGAGUUAAAAUAUGAUCAUAUUAAAAUUAAGAUCAUGCUAAAAUUUAGUUAUGCUAAGUGGUGUUUAUUUUAGAUCAAGCUAAAAUUGUGACAGGUAAAAGAUAGGAUGGUCGCUAUAGAAAAAAUUUGACCAAUCAAAAUUUUCGAACUUUUAGACUUUUGAACUAAAUAGAAGCCAAUUUUUUUUUAGAUGUAGCCAAUUUUUGGCUGAACAAACAGCCCCAAAUGCCACCACUCGGUUCCCGACUCGCCGCGGCGGCCGCAUGAACCCCACCGCCGGCUUGCCAUCCCCUCCGGUCGCCACCCUCAUCGGCCGCUGCCGCACCGCGCGCUGCCUCUCCCAGGUCCACGCCCACAUCGUCCGCCUCGGCCUUCACAACGACCAAGCCCUCCUCGCCCGCUUCGCCACCGCCGGCCGGCCAUCCCUUCCAGUCGGUACUAUCCUCGGCCGCUGCCGCACCGCGCGCUGCCUCGCCCAGAUCCACGCCCGCAUCGUCCGCCUCGGCCUCCAUAACCACCAGGCCCUCCUCGCCCGCUUCACCACCGCCGCUGCCCGGACAUCCCCUCCGAUCGCCACCCUCCUCGGCCGCUGCCGCGCCGCGCGCUGCCUUGCCCAGCUCCAUGCCCGCAUCAUCCGCCUCGGCCUCCACAACCACCACGCCCUCCUCGCUCGCUUCGCCGCCGCCUGCGACACCCUCGCCUCCCCUUCCGUCGCCGCCUCCGUCCUUGCCGCGCUCCCCGACUCCCACCCCGCCCCGCUCGACCUCCGCAACUCUGUGCUCGCAUCCCUCUCCCGCCACGCUCCGCUCCACGCCGCACUCGCGGAGUUCAACCUCCUCCGACACGCCGCGCGCCCCGACUCCUUCUCAUUCCCUUCCCUCCUCCGCGCGUGCGCUCGCGUCUCCUGCCUCCCGGCGGGAGCCGCCCUGCACGCCGCCGCCAUCCGCCUCGGUGUUGACAGCGACCUCUUCGUCCGCACGGCGCUCAUCCAGUUCUACGGGAGGUGUGGCGCCGCCAGCGCGGCCCGAUCGCUGUUUGAUUUAAUUGACAUCCCCAGUGAGGUUUCCUGGACCGCCAUCAUUGUGGCGUAUGUCAACACUGGUGACAUUGUGGCCGCCAGAGUGCUGUUCGAUCGAAUGCCUCACCGGAACGUGGUGCACUGGAAUGCGAUGGUUGAUGGGUAUGUGAAGUGUGGGGACUUGGAGGGCGCAAGGAGGCUGUUUGAUGAAAUGCCUGAGAGAACGGCCAUAGCAUACACAUCGUUGAUUGGUGGGUAUGCAAAGGCAGGGAACAUGGAAGCCGCAGGGUUGUUGUUUGAUAAGUUAGAGGACCGGGAUGUGUUCUCAUGGUCAGUGAUGAUAUCAGGUUAUGCGCAGAAUGGUUACCCUGGAGAGGCUUUGAAGAUUUUUAAUGAGUUCCAAGAGCAAGGCAUACACCCAGACGAGCUUGUUAUUGUUGGUCUGAUGUCAGCAUGCUCCCAAAUAGGUAAUAUCAUGUUGACAAGAUGGAUUGAAGAUUACAUCGCAAAGUACUCGAUAGAUAUGAACAAUGCCCAUGUGUUGGCUGGCCUUGUAAACAUGUACGCUAAGUGCGGGAACUUGGAGAGGGCUACUGUUUUGUUUGAGUCUAUGCCAGUUCGAGAUGUGUUUUCAUAUUGUUCAAUGAUGCAAGGUCAUUGCCUCCAUGGUUCAGCUAACAAGGCUGUUGAGCUUUUCUCUGAUAUGCUUUUGGAGGGCCUCUGCCCUGAUAGUGCUGUGUUCACAGUUGUUUUGACAGCUUGCAGUCAUGCUGGCCUAGUAGAAGAAGGGAAGAAGUACUUUGACAUGAUGAAGAAUGCGUACUUGAUCGUGCCAUCUGGGGACCACUACGCUUGCCUUGUCAGUCUUCUCGGACGUUGUGGGAUGCUAAAAGCUGCAUAUGAGCUUAUCAAGUUAAUGCCCGGGAAACCUCAUCCUGGGGCAUGGGGUGCACUGUUGAGUGGAUGCAAGCUUCAAUGUGAUAUUGAGCUAGGAAAAAUCGCAGCAAAGAAGCUUUUUGAAAUUGAACCGGAUAAUGCUGGAAAUUAUGUCUCCCUAUCAAAUAUUUAUGCUAACAUUGACAGGUGGGGAGAUGUUUCUGAAAUUAGGGCUGAAAUGACUGAAAAGGGGAUAACGAAAAUAGUAGGCCGUACCCUGGUUUUGCAGUGAAUCACCGCUGACCAGAAUUUUUUUAUAUCUUGUCUUGUGUUACUUUGCCCUAUUGAAACCUUGAGGAGGCAUAAGUUCUGGACCAAGAAAAGAGACCUCUGUGCUCUGCACUUUUGAGUCACAAUGGUUAUGAGAACAGUAGAAGUUCAGUGCAUCGUGAUAUAUACAGCACGCUGGUCAACAGGCUGUUGGGUUAAUAAGAGGUAGGAGACCAUCUGGACUGAGUUCGACACUUCUCUUCGCAUAAUCUUGGACGAUUUUCUGCUAAUGCCACCUUGUCAGAGCUUGAGAGGUUUCUUUGGCGGCUGGUGAGAUGUCAUCCAGUGCUGCUGCUGCUGCGGUGCUGCCACUUCUGAUGAGUGAUGAGAUGACGUCAUGUGAGCGCUCCCUCCUACUUUUGAGUUAUAAACUGAUAAUCCACAUGAACUGGCGUAUGUUAAAGAGCAGUAUUAUCAGUUAACUAGUGAUUCUGUUUUUACAUUAUUUCUAGCAGUUAGUACAAUAGUUUGGUGCUAUGCCUGAGGAUUGCAGGUUUUGCUUUCCUUGAGGUAGUAAUUAUGAUCUGUGAUAACAAUGUAGAGUAAAGCUAAAACUGUUUGACUAACCGAAAUAAUCAUUUCUUAUAUCUCAGAAAGGGAACACACUGUAAAUUACAGAAGAAAUUGUAAUAUUUGAACUCUCAGGAGAAGUAUCGAGGAAAAAAAGUUUAGUCUGUUACCUUGAAUUGUGGAGAGAAGAUAAUUCAUCCAUUAGUCUUGACUUCAAUAUAUAGAGUCCUCAUGGGCCACCUCAUGGGCCUAGAAUACAUAUGGGCCUAGAUAUAUACUUAACACCCACCUCAAACUCAAGGUGGUAUAGGAGGUUAAAAAACAUUGAGUUUGAGCAAAUGUGGCCGACGAUGCGUUUGAGUUUGGGCUUUGUUGAAGAAGUCUGCAACUUGCAACUCUGAUGGCAUAUAUUGAAGAGCAAUUGUUUUCUAAUGACAAUGAGACUGAGUAAAGGAAGCAUCAACAUCAAUAUGCUUUGUGAGUUCAUGCUUCACAGGAUCAUUAGCAAUCUAUAUGGUGCCAGUGUUAUCACAUAAAAGAUGGCAGCGACAGGGCUCAUGGAGAAGGACUGCGAUGGGCCCAACGGAGACAUGCGGCGACGGCCGUGUUGAAGACAAGCGGCAGGUGACGAAAAAUUUGGAUCGUGGGUUUGUGGAUUAGACUAGACCUAACCCUAACCCUAAUCCUUGCCCUGAUGCCAUAUUACCUUGACUUGAAUUGUGGAGAGAAGAGGAUAAUUCAUCCAUUAGUGUUGACUUCGAUAUAUAGAGUCCUCAUGGGCCACCUCAUAGGCCUAGAAUACAUAUGAGCCUAGAUAUAUACUUAACAGAGUCACCUUUUGUUAGCAGGUCAUUUGAAACUUUCUGUUAGCUGUUGUAUCUUUUAUUGCCAAAUUCUUAAUAUAAUUCUCUUACAGCUUCUUGCAUUUUCUCUUAUGUCUGCUUGCAUUCUAAAUGUCUUAUGGUAUUGCAUUAACUGAAUGUCAAGUUUGUUGGGAAGAGGAGCCUUUCUUCAUGUUAUGGUACCGAAUUUUAACUUCGAACUGCACUAUGUUAAAUUCUGUCAAGUUAUUCAAGCUCUACCUGGUCUGUAUUGAAAGACUUUUUUUCUUCCUUUUUUUUAUAGUGAGCUGUCCGAUGCCUCUCAAGUUAGGGAUAUUGGCAAGCCUUGUUACCAUGGUUCAUUUGGUGUUGAACUACAAUAUCUCCAGCAUUUGAAUGAAAUAUGUAGCUUCAGAAGUUUGUGUAGUGUACUGUGAAAGACCAGGAUGCUAUUUUACAAAUAUGGCCCUGAUCAAGAUACAAAGUUUGGCAUUUGAUAUGAAGCACACACAAGGAUUAUACAAACAGUUGCCUCCAAUGCUCCAUGGGCGCGCUAUACUGACACCAACUCAGGUGGUGCGCAACUGCUUUGUCCGGGUAGAGUGGCAGGUCCUGGUUCGCUGGGCGGGCAUGGCUGAUAGCAAGCCACUUGGGAAGAUGUUCCAUCUUUCAAACAGCGGUAUCCUGCAUUUCAGCUCGAGGAUGAGUUGUUUUCAAAGGAGGGGAGAGAUGCUAUGUGUGGGAUUACCUACUGCAGAAAGAAAGGAAAAGGGGGCGCCAACGGGGUAGGAGAUGGCGAUGGCUGAUUGAGGAGAUAAGUCAGUUUGGAUGUUUUAGAGGUAAAUAAAUAAAGAUUUGGAAGUUGGAAAAGUCAGAUUAGGAAAGAUAUUUGGUUUAGAAAGAAUAAGAAGUUGUAGUUGGAUUAGAGAUUGAGAUAGUCUGAAUAGGUUAAGUUUAGAUGGAAUUGUUUAGGGCUGGGCUCUAUAUAUAAAGAGCAGCUGGCACCCCUUUUGGAACAAUUAUUCCUCAUCUCCUGCUAUCUAUUUUCCAUGUCCCUGCCUCCCGCUCCUCUCCUCCUUGCUGCAACCGGCGCCUUCAGGCAUCCUCACCACCACCAUGGGCAGGAAGCGGGCCAAGGAUCGGCCAGAGAUCUCUCACACCUAUCCUAUUAGGUCACUUCUCCAAGGACGUGACACAGUUGCCAUCAAUGCUUACAUGUUAUUUAUCUUUUAGUUCGAUGAAAGGUGUUUUCAGAUGCUUCUAUUUGAAAUACCUCUGGUUAUAGUUAGUUGCAGAAUCAGUACAAUAGUAACAUGUUGCACAUUGAUUAAAUUAUGGCCUUUCAUCCUAGCCUUAAAGAAGUUGUUGGAUUGGUUCUUUA